AUGCCAUCUUCUUGUCAAGAUGACGGUCAAGGUCGCCAGCGUCAACCCCGGUUGCUUCUUCUUCUCUUUGCCGUCACAAUGCGUGCGCUACUGUUGUCUUCGUACAGCCUCAUAUCGACGUACUAUCCGCAGUACAUCAAAAAGGAGCCCUACAAUCAGAAACGCCCGUCAGAACUUACCGGAUACGUUUUGUCGGCGUUCUCGCCAACAUUCGUAUUAGGAUCGCUAAUUGCUGGUCACUAUGUGUUGAGAUCUCACGGUUCCAAGUUCUGUCUGGUAACUGGACUGUUUGUAGCGGGAGCAGCGUGGCUCAUUUUUGCGGCACUAGAAUAUGUGACCGAGUGGAGAUAUUUCUUGGCUUUCUCUAUUGUUCUGAGAGUGGCUAUUGGUCUAGGUGUGGCUUCAGCAGACGUCGCAUCUUUCUCACUGGUGGCAGCUUCAUAUCCGGAAAAAAUUGGAGUUGUAGCAGGAUUAAUGGAAUUGACAUGGACUCUGGGAAAUAUGAUUGGACCACCUUUCGGAGGCAGUCUAUAUGACUGGAUGGGAUUCGCUAUGCCAGCAGGUGUAACAGGAAUAUUACUUUUGUUGUUUUCUUUGGUUGCUAUUUUCCUGCCAACUGGUAACAGCUCUCAGCCAUCUCACACCUCAAAUCAAACAGUUUAUGUAUCCACAAAACAGUUUUUUGGACAAAUUUUCCGUUUGUGGCCAAUCCUGUCACUUGCUUCAACUUAUAUAUACACGAUUGCGCUUGCAUUUCCGCAAGCGACUUUGUCAGAUUUCUUGCACACCAAGUACAACUUCUCACCUAAAGAUGUGGGUGUUGUCCUUUUGGUAGGUACAGUUCCAAGUAUAUUGGCAACACCUGUUGUGGGUAGACUGUGUGAUAUAGUGCAUCCAAGAUUGUUUACACCCAUUGGAGUGAUAAUGGCUGCUGCUGGUGGAUUCUUUCUAGUGUCAUUUGGACAUGUCAUUGAAUUGCAAUAUCUUGCACAAAUCUCUAUAGGAUUUGGGGGUGCAUUUACCUAUUGUCCUGCAUACACAGACCUUAACAACGAAUUAUGUAAAAGAUUGGAAAAAGACAAGCUCGAUGAAAACACAACUGGAAAGUUGUACUCUGUUUUUGUCAUAUUUGGUAAUCUUGGAAGAGUAACCGGUUCAGCUGCAGGUGGAGCAUCUGUAGAUUAUUUGGGUUUUGGUGAAGCUACUAUACUGUGGGGUAUCAUCGGAACAUCAUUUGGAGUUGUGUAUUUGUUAAUAUUUGCACUUUCUAGAGCAUGCUAA